ACAGAGCUUUUUGCAUUGACCUUCACACAAAAAUAAUAUUGAUCAUCGAUAUAUAUUUAUGAACAUACAGCAAAAGGUACAAAUAAUCGUAAUUUUGAAGAAAUAAUGAUGGAAUUACUUACAAUUGCAUUUACUACUAUUUUUAUUUGUAAAAUAAAUCGUACGUAAGUUUUAUUUGUUAUCGACGUAAGUUAGAAUUAAUAAUUUCGCGCCAUUUAAUUUCGAACGUUCGAGAGUUGCAGGAAACUUCAAGCGGUAUCGCAGUCGUAUCCCCCCACACUUCCGCAGAAAAACGCUACAUCGUGUCUGCAUUGAAAGGUGCAGUAAGAGAAACAGAAGGGUUAAUUGUGUAUUAGUUUAUACUUGAUUCUCCGAGACAUGUAACGAACAAUAGUGACGGGAUUACAAUGCAAGACGACAUUUUUCCGGCUGCAGAGAAAAUCCUUUCCGACAUCGAAAAUGUGGUGAAGAAGAAUCCGUCACUAAAAAGUUUCGAAAUAGUCCCCGCAGAAGAUAACGAAAAUAAAUCUCCGGUGUUUCAUCAGGAAGACUACCUUGGUUUAGCAUCGUGGUGCGUGCAACCGCUUUACUGCUACGCAUAUCGCCGACUUUUCGAACUUCGCCAGAAUAAGCAUAGACGAGAGGAGCCUAGUACAGUAGCAAGAUGGUUGCUGGGCGCUUUAUUAUUAAAUCCAGACGUGACAACGUUCUGGAACAUGCGACGGGAGUUAGUAAGGUGUCACAAAUUAGAGGCAUCCGAAGAAUUCGCUUUUUCGCGAUUAGUGCUUUAUCAUAAGCCGAAAUGUUUCGAGGCAUUCGCCUACAGGCGAUGGUUACUGUCGUACAUAUUGAACGCUAAGGAUACCCGUUACGAUCCUGAGCCAACAGAGUCACCGUUAUGUACGGAAUUGGAUAUUGCUGCCACGUGCGCAGAUAGAUACGCGAGUAAUUAUCACGCGUGGAGCCAUAGACGUCAUAUAAUAACUCUUCGUGAAUCGCGGGGAUUCACUUAUCCGACGCUCGAAACCGAAUGGAAGAAUUCCCUUGCUUGGUGUCAGCGACACGUGUCGGACUACAGCGGGCUUUCCUAUCGACAGUUUUUGCUGAGGAAGUACAUGUUCGAGUUGAAAGAACCGUCGAGGGAACCGUUUAGAAAGUGUCCCGAUGUCGGUGAACAACAUAUAGAGGAACUGUUUGCUUACAUUAAAACUAACAUCAGUGAUACGGAGGACGCUCAUAAACUACAGAGGCUGUUUUACACGACCAACGCGGAAUUGAGAUCAACGUCCUUGAGAACAGAACAACAAGCGUAUUUCCGUGCUUUGUCUUACUGGUUGGAAGAAUGUCGCGCGAACGACAGCGGUAUUUGCAUGUACUACGGCCACGAAUCUCUUUGGUGUCAUCGCAGGUUCCUUGCGUAUAUUCUUGCUCGAUUUAUUGCAACCUAUGGGAAACAUUCCACCUGUAGAGACAAACACGAUGUCAAGAGUGAAUCGAUGGGAACGAAAGAUGUUGAGAAAAUGGUGGUCACGGCGAACGACGAUGUGACUUUAUACCAUGAUUUUCUCGUGCAAGCUUUCCGUGCCUCGUCCGAAAAGAUCGCCAAUCUUGCGAUGAAACGAGAUGAACAUGAAAAAAUGCUUGUAGAAAGAUUUCUCAAGUUUCUGAAAAGCAUUGGGUUUGAGGUUAGAUUGUGAUUCUGUUAGUCCCAGGUGAAAUGAUAACUUUCGGUAAAAUAAAAGGAAAAGGAAGGAAAAAAUGGCAGAUGUUAUUCCUAGGCGUGUACUACCCAUGAAUUGUAUCUCUCAUUAGUGCUCUCUCGUGUGACCCAUUCGCACGGCGAUAAAUGAUAGCGCCGUUCCAAUACGUAAGAUUUAAUCUGUAAUGUAGACGAGAUGGAAUGAGUAUCAAUAUUUAUUUUUGAAACGUUUAUGGUGUAUCGUUCGAAGAAAUUUAAAAUGACUGGAUAUGACAUUUACGUCGUAAUAAUCAAAGGCAAGGAAUCGAUCAGCGUUUGAUUUUCUAAAUGCUGUCCACCAUUCAGGAGAAUAUUAAUUAUAAUUGCGUGAUACAAAAGAAAAGUGUCUUUUGAGGCUAUAUGGAAGUAUUAUAGCAAGACAAAUAUGUAUAGUGGGAUGUUGAUAAAAGUUCGAGAAAAAAAAAAGAUGUUAGUUUUGUAAUCGUAUGUUUUUAGUCACCUUAGAAUAGCGAGGUCUGCAUGCAGGCCAUUUUACAUCAUCAGGCCAGUUGUUUUGACGCGACUACGUACAUAUGCGACAUUGGCCACGUUGUCCUUCUUUGGCACGACAAUCUGACCAAAAAUAAACUUUUAGACUUUUGACUGAACUUGUCAGUCUACCCGGAACGGUUGUUGAGCGUGUGCGAUCGUCAGAAUUUUUGGCCACAAAGUUCUAUAACUUCCGUUUCAUUGUUACAAGUUAAUAAAGUUCAGUAAAUCCUGUCAACAGUUUUGUCUUUUGUUUACAAAAAGUUCUAAAUCGUAUGUGCAUAAACUUUCGCGUUAUAAGAACCUGUAUAAUCUUUGUCAUUUAAUAACCUCCAACUUUCAAAAUUAACGGCAUGCAGUGAAUAAAAAAAAUGAACACACUA